UUUCUUGCCGUGGUCUUUUGAUGACGUAGAAAGAAGAGCGACACACACACACACGCGCGCGCCGCCGGUGGUUUUUACAACAUUAUGGCGACUGUAAAAGUCAGCGAGGCGGAGAAGGUCUACAUUUUACACGGAAUACGGGAUGACCUGAGGGUGGAUGGACGAGGCUGUGAGGACUACAGACACAUGGAGAUCGAGACUGACGUGGUGUCCAACACUGACGGAUCUGCCAAAGUCACACUGGGCCACACAGCAGUGCUGGUUGGGAUUAAGGCUGACAUAGGAAAACCGAGGCCCCUGGUACCUAAUGAAGGUUAUUUGGAGUUCUUUGUUGACUGUUCGGCCAAUGCAACCCCUGAAUUUGAGGGCAGAGGAGGCGAGGAGCUGGGGACGGAGCUGAGCAACACUCUCUACAAAGUAUUCAACAACAAACACAGUGUGGACCUUAAGAGUCUGUGUAUCAGUGCAGGAGAACACUGCUGGGUGCUCUACGUGGACGUGCUGCUCCUGCAGUGUGAUGGAAACUUGUACGAUGCCAUUUCAGUAGCUAUCAAAGCAGCGCUCUUCAACACAAAAAUUCCCAAAGUGCACAUUUCAGCAGAUGAGGAAGGGGCGAAGGAAAUUGAGCUGUCGGACGACCCGUAUGACUGCGUGAGACUUAAUGUAGAAAAUGUCCCCUGUAUCGUGACCUUGUGCAAGGUGGGCCACAGACACGUGGUGGACGCGACGCUGCAGGAGAAGGCGUGUUCUGUGGCGAGCCUGAUCAUCUCUGUCACGCACAAGGGCGCGGUCACCUGCACGAGGAAGGUGGGCGGAGGAAGCUUGGAUCCAGAGAGCAUCUUUGAAAUGACAGAGGCCGGUAAACGGGUCGGUAAGUCUCUUCAUGCUCCGCUCAUGAAGCUGCUGCGGCAGGAGGAGAGUUUGGGAAAGAAGGGACAGAAAGUCGGCUUCCUCGGUUGAUACUGUCUCUGCAUGAUGUAUGUACAUGUAAACAUAGUUUUCUAAUAAAACUUUUAAUUUGUACAGUC